AUGCCCAUGAUCUCGGACCCCUCCCAAAAGUACCGACCGUACACCCCCUUGGACAUCAAGGACCGCCAAUGGCCCUCAAAAACAUUCCAAAAGGCUCCCAUCUGGCUGUCGACAGAUCUCCGCGAUGGUAAUCAAGCUCUUGCCAACCCGAUGACCAUCGAACAGAAGACCACGUUCUUCAGGCAGCUGAUCAAGUCUGGGGUCAAGGAGAUUGAGGUGGCAUACCCGGCAGCCAGUGACACGGACUUCAAUUUCGUCCGUGGGCUCAUUGAGAACAAAGAGGUGCCCGACGAUGUGUGGGUACAGGUCCUUACCCCCGCACGGCCUGAUCUCAUCAAGCGGACAAUUGACUCCGUGGCUGGUACGAAGAAGGCUAUUCUACAUAUGUACAAUGCGACAAGCCCAACUUUCCGCAACGUCGUAUUCGGUAACUCGAAAGAGAAGACCUUGGAAUUAGCCGUCACGCACACAAAGCUCGUCCGUCAGUUGACUGAGGAAUGUACGGCCAAGUACGGCACUCAGUUCCGUUACGAAUACAGUCCAGAAACCUUCACUCAGACGGAGCCUGACUUCGCCGUGGAAGUAUGUGAAGCAGUGAAGGCGGCUUGGGGAAAGGCUGGCACCGGCGAUGAUCGUAUCAUCUUCAAUCUACCUUCAACGGUCGAAAUUGCUCCACCAAAUCACUACGCCGACCAGAUUGAAUAUUUCGUUACCCAUAUAACCGAGAGGGAGAAAAUAAUUGUUUCCCUACACCCGCAUAACGACAGAGGUACUGGUAUUGCCUCGGCCGAGCUAGGCAUUCUAGCAGGUGGCGAUCGUAUUGAAGGAUGCUUGUUCGGCAAUGGGGAGCGGACUGGCAAUGUCGACCUCGUUACCCUGGCACUUAAUCUCUACUCGCAAGGUAUUCGGCCUGAGCUGGACUUCAGUGAUAUACAAUCUGUCAUCGACGUCGUUACACAAUGCAACGACCUCCCCGUUCACCCCCGACAUCCUUACGCCGGCGAACUGGUUUUCACGGCUUUCUCUGGGUCACAUCAGGAUGCCAUAAAAAAGGGCUUCGAGGCCCAGCGAAAGCGCCAUGCAGAAGCUGCUGCUCAAGGCCAGCCCCAAUACUGGGAUAUGCCCUACCUCCCCAUCGACCCUGCUGACCUAGGAGAAUCAUACGAGGCCGUCAUCCGUGUCAACUCGCAGUCAGGCAAGGGAGGAAUCGCAUACAUCAUCAAACAAAAUUUGCUUCUCGAUCUACCUCGCAAGCUCCAGGUCGCCUUCUACCAAGUCGUCCAGGCUGUCGCGGACCGGGAAGCCCGAGAAAUGACCGUCGAAGACAUUACUACGGCGUUCAGAAGUACCUACCAUUAUGGAGGUGGCAAAUACUCUGGACGACUGUCUCUUCGUCACUUCAAGGUUUCAGUAGAGCCGUUGGAAGGUGAAAAUGAAUCAGGGGAUGAAGCCGCUGACUCGAGGCGUAGAUUCGAUGGUACGUUGUCUGUUGACGGGCAAUUGCGGGUUCUACGCGGUGAUGGAAAUGGCCCUCUUUCUGCUUUAUCCGACGCUCUUCGUACCCACCUCGGCAUCGAUUUCGCAAUCCGCGAAUAUACCGAACAUUCGAUAUCGGAAGGACAGGAAGCCAAGGCGGCGUCUUACGUCGAAAUCGUACCGUCAAACGAUCGCAAGUCAACCCAGUCAUGGUGGGGUGUCGCCGUGGACUCAGAUAUUGCUGCAUCUGGUCUGCGUGCACUAUUGAGUGCCGUGAACACUGCCAUUGGCGACCGCAAGCUUCCUGAACUAAAAUUGACCGUUGGCUACAAUCGUCGUUCCGACCAAGCUGACAUUGCACACGUCCUCAUCAACUCCCUGGGUCUCGAACUGCCUCGCAAACUGCAGAGCGCUUUCUUUGAGGUUGUUCAACGAGCAGCGCGCGACUCUGGUGGCGAAAUCUCGAUAGAUGCCUUGGCCGAACUUUUCAAAAAGACCUACAAGUUCGACACGAAGGAGACACCAAGGUUCUUCAUGAAAUCAUUCCAGUUCCAGCACGUCGGGAACGGCAGUGGCAGGGAAUUAUCUGGCGAACUCAUUGUUGAUGGACAAUCGAGGACGGUCCGUGGAUUGGGCAACGGUCCCCUGUCGUCGACUUUGGCAGCCAUACAUCCCCAUAUCCAGGGUGUCCUACAAAUCCGGGACUACACCGAACAUUCCAUUGGGGAAGGUACCGAGGUUACUGCAGUGUCGUAUGUCGAGCUUGUGUACGAGCAGGAGACUGGGGAGAAGAAGACUGCCUGGGGUGUCGCUGCCGACACGGACAUCACAGAAUCCGGUAUCAAAGCUGUCCUGAACGCGGCCAGCAAUCUCGACGUAUCGGUGGUCAAUGAAGUAGCAAUCAAUGGAAAGUAA